AUGGAAGAUCAUGAAAUAUUCGAGAAUUCUCCAAGCUUAGAAGAAUUUCAUGGAAUAGAAAUUGUUUCACAAAAUAGUUGUGCUCGUGGUAAAGCUUUUAGUAUAUUAGAAGAUGAAGCAGUGUGUCGAGCUUGGUUGGCCGUUUCCCAAGAUCCAAUUAUAGGAAAUACCCAAAACAAGACGACAUUCUGGAAUCGUGUUCAUGCUUGCAAGUGGGUUGAACUUAGAACACAGUUCAAUAAACCUAUAGUCCAUACAUCAUCACUUUCAAAUCCUACUACUCCAGCAUCUGUUGACUCCGAUAUAGAAAUAGAACCAUCAAAAGGGAGACUGAAACGACCAAGUGGUAGAAAGGCUAUGAAAGAAUCACAAAGGAAGAAGGUGGCUCAUGAUGCUAGGUUUGAUGAUAUGGCAGCCAACCAAACUAAAAUUUUUGAAAUGUUAGCUAGUAUGUCUUCCCGAUCUAUUGAACAAGAUGAGCAAAAGGCUAUAGAUCGUGAGAUGAAGGCUAAGAAUAGAGAGCCCAACUACAAAUGUUAG